AUGGAGUCAAGCACCAGAGGUAAAGAUGCGGGCGAUUUGUCGGAAGAGCUCAAAGUAAGGAAGGAAUUGGAGAAAGAAAUACGGGAUCUAAUGGAGGAAUUAAAGGGAGGGCUCGAGAGACUAGAGCGCCAAGUAAGUAUUUUGCAGUCAAAAUACUAGGAUCAAAGUUUUGCUACAAUAUUAGAUUUUCUCGGUAUCAAAAGUCUAUAUUUUUAAUUGUAAAGUGUGUUAAUUUAAACAUAAAUAGGGUUAAAUAAGCUUCAAACUAAACACUUUAGUAACCUAUUGUAUUAAUACUUGUUCUAACAAAGAAAGUGACCCACCUUCCCUGCUCAAAAACUGCUGAACUUUUGUAUAUGAAUUAUUUGUACCACUAACAGUAUUCUUAAAAAAAUUUUGAUUUUGAGUUUUAAAAUUUAAAUAUUUGAUUUUCCUACCAAUUUGGCAAUGUGUGGCUCGCUCUUUUUUGAUGUUCCGGAUAAGAUAUGUUUACAAAUCCAAAAAUUUAGUUUUAUUUUAAAGUGGUCUGUCAUUAUGUCCAAAAAAGAUUAGUAAAGGUUCAAAGACUGUUAUAAGCUUGAAACACUAUGGCCAAUUUGGUGGAAAUUUAAAACGUCAUUUUUUUAUCUUGCUUUUCUCGAUUUUGGAUGGAAAGUGCGAUUUAGUACCUUGCUGAAGAUAUUAUGUUUACAUGAUCUUUCAAUUAAAAAAUAAGUCAAUCAGAGCGGGGCAGUUGAGGUACUUUCCUUGUAAGCUAUGCUCUAGUUUAGCCAUAUACCAUUUGUCGGUUGUAAGCAGCAAAUUGGGAGAAGUUCACCUGUACGUCAAAAACGAAAAAACUUGAAAAUAGGUCUACAGGAGAAAUUUUUCGGCCUCCUCUCCCCCCUCAGGGAAAAACAUAAUAAUUUAAAUUUUUUGCUUUUAACUUAACGUGUUGAAGAUUAAAAACAAUAUUUAUCUGAUGUAGUUUUGUCAUGGUCUGAUUCGUAAUUCGUUAAUUUUUUAAGUUAGGAUAAGUAAUUUUAAAAGUACACGUCCUUUAACAGAACUCCUACCUCGUAUUAUAUUUAUAAUCUUUGACGAAUUCUAAAAUAAUGACUUUAUAGAACAGAAGACGAGGCUUUAUUUUUCUUUGUACAAUCUUUGGAAUGUUCAUUAUUUGGAAUUUUAUUCGGUUGCGCGAGAUUUUUGGUUGGUAAAAGAGCAUCCACACAACGUGAAACGUAUAAAGCGAUAAUUUAAAUGUUGUGAUGUUGGUUGUUUAUCUGGAAAUAAAAACUAUUGGAGCGAUUGUAUAUUGAUACAAUUUAUAGCACCCUGAAUUUGCUUCAUUCACGUGGCUUGAAGUUUUUUGUGGAGACUGCUCCAAAUUUAUAACUUUAGGCUGCGUAAAUCGUACCAAUGGGUCUGUUGGAAGAUAAAAAUAAUAAUUUAUUACAAUUUUUUACGCUCUGUGAUAUACCUCAUUUCUGGGUUUGGUACCUUACGUUUGCCGUUUUAAAGCAAGUUUUUUGUUAGACCACAACAACUUGCAAGAACUAGUAUCAGACAAAGGUAUUCGGAUUUUUUCUUUCCGGUGUAAAUUUUCAAACUCAACGGAUCUUACGGGGAAAGUAUCUGGGAUGGGUGGUUGAGAGUCUGCUUGAGAAAAACAGGCGGAAGCAGUUACAGCGUGUGAAGGUUAGUUAAUUUUUUUUGACAUUCAUUAUUUAAGUUUUGCCUUACUAUGUAAUAUUGACAUAACUUUUUACUCAAUGUGUUACUUUAAAUUUGUUUAGUAAAUUUGGAUACAAAACUGAAACAUUUUUACAGGUAACGUAUUCUGUCAUUUUUAAACUAUUUAUUCUUUUUUUUCAACGCAAGAUAUAUAGACGUGAAGAGAGAUGAUAAGGGUGUGAUGAAGUCCGUCAGAGCAAUCCGUAGUAGCUGUUCCCAAUUGGGCCCCAUUCUGGUGAUUCUGUUUCUCGAGCUACCGAGUCGUGAUUCUGUCGUUUUAGGGUCUUUAUAACGGGUACUUGGUGACAGCAGAGGUCUAUGGGUUCAGUCCAAUUAACGAAGGGAUUCCGAGAGAUGCAGCUGACAGAACUUCAUCACAAGGUCUUAUCACAGAUGCAGCGAUAAGCCGUAACAGGAAGAUGUACUUUUACUGUAUGGAGGAUGAAUUGAAGCAGGAGAUUGAUGCUUUGAAUGCUCAAAUGAAUCCAGAUGAUGCUACAAUGGUAAGUUGUACUUUAAAAUUAUAAUUUAAAACUUAUUUUUAUAGUUUGGGUUUUUUAAUAUAUUUCUUGCUUAUAUUUAUUAAAUUGUAGUAUAAUUGUGGCUUCUUUACAAUUAUAGGGCUACCUUAUUGUAGCUCAUUGUUGAACUUUAAACUUUAAUGCUGUUUUAGAGGAGCUUGUACGAAAAGAAGUUACGUUUGUGGUGUUUGAAAGCAGUACGGUCUUCAGAGAUGAACAAUAGUAAGUUUAAGUAUGUUUUUUAUGUACUUUUUGUUUAGGAGAACUGAGAUGUUGA